AACCAGUAAGUUACUACGGCAUCUUUUAUUAUAUUAUUUUUAGAUUUAUCAAAAUAUUUUAGUUUAGACCUUAAGCUUACUGGCAAAGUGCACGAUAAAAAUGGAGGAAAUGGAGACUGACCGGACAUGUGGGGAGCCUGGGGGGCUGGAGAGCCAGCAUGCGGUGGAGAGAAACGGGAAAGGCAAAAUAUCCACUGAGGUGAAGAUGGAUAUCGAGCAGCUGUACGAAGCCGUACCCCAGCUCACCAAAGUGUUUCACAUCAUCGACAAGAUUGGAGAGGGUACCUUCAGCUCUGUGUACCUGGCAGAGGCCCAGAUGAAGACUGGGGUCAGGGAGAAGUUUGCUCUCAAGCACCUGAUUCCCACUAGCCACCCACUUCGCAUCGCCGCAGAGCUGCAGUGCCUAACGGUUGCUGGUGGGAAGGAGAACGUCAUGGGGGUGAUGUACUGCUACAGGAAGGAUGACCAUGUGGUCGUCGUCAUGCCAUACAUGGAGCAUCAGCCUUUUGUGGACGUCUUGGGUUCCCUAAGCUUCGAAGAGGUGCGACAGUACAUGUUCCACUUGCUCAAAGCCCUAGCGCACAUUCAUCAUUUUGGAAUCAUCCACCGCGACAUCAAGCCGAGCAACUUCCUGUAUGACCGGCUGCACAGGAGGUACGCUCUGGUGGAUUUCGGGCUGGCGCAGGGCACACCAGACACGCAGAUCGAGCUGCUCAAGGUGGUCAAGCUGAAGAGUCACCAGGAGAGACCCCCAGGGCCCUCAGCGGAGCGGGCGGCCCAGAGUGCGUCCGCCACCCCGGGACCGGCAUCGCAGCACUCCCUGGUACCUGCUGCCAGAAGGUCUCUGCCUCUUACUCAGGCUAAACGCAGCAAGGAUGUCGUGGCAGGCCCGGCCCAGCGCUCUGUGUUUGGGGAGAGGAACCUCAACAGCCUCAACCAGUGUGAGGGUGCCAUCAUCAAGCUGGCGAAAGCCCCCAAGAUGGAGAGCGUGCCGGCAAGGAAGCUGGUCGUGUCGAAGCGCCGGGCCAUGCCAGGGAGGGCGCCGGUGGGCAGCCAGAGGCCCCGAACCAGCCUUGGGCCGGGCUUGACCUGCGACUGCUACAUGACGGACCGGGUGUGCAACGUCUGCCUGUCCAGAAAACAACAGGUGGCCCCCAGGGCGGGAACGCCGGGAUUCCGAGCCCCCGAAGUCCUCACCAAGUGUCCCAAUCAAGGAACAGCGAUCGACAUGUGGUCGGCAGGCGUGAUCCUGCUGUCGCUGCUCAGUCGCCGCUACCCGUUCUUCAAAGCCAGCGAUGACCUGGUGGCCUUGGCUCAGAUCAUGACCGUCCGCGGGUCCCGGGAGACCAUGCAGGCCGCCAGCAAGUUUGGCAAAUCCGUCCUGUGCAGCCGCGAGCUGCCUGCCCAGGAUCUCCGACUGCUCUGCGAGAAGCUGCGGGGGACACGACCCUGCGGGGACACGGAGAGAGACCUCGGCGUGCCCACGACCCCUCCCAAACGGUGCCAUUUGCUGGCCGAGGAGUCCUCGUCCGACGCCGGGCCCAUGGCGCACGGAAAGGGGUGGGACCGCGUGCCGGACUCAGCAUAUGACCUCCUGGACAAGCUACUGGACCUGAAUCCCGCCACGCGGAUAUCGGCGUCCGCAGCUCUCCGCCACCCUCUCUUCGAAGACCUUCUGGAGUUUCAGUGAGGCCAGAACGAGGGCUUUCCUUCUGAAAUCGUCUCCCGUCCCUCCAAGCGAGAAGGUCGUUGGCAGUGCUAUGGUCCUUCAUGUAGCCCGUUACCUGAGCCUGGGGCAACCGGCUCUGAAUCCAGCCCCGACGUCGUCAGCGUGUGACAGGAGGCCCCGUGUGGCGUUUCCCCCCAUUGUUUUAAUCUUUGUGCGCCUUUUCAUGCCCUUUUAAUAGGACCAUAACUCCUGAUUUAAAUCAACUUUGAUUUAAGCUAGUUUUUAGAUCGACUGUUUUACCUGUUUCUUAUGUCAUGUUGUAUUUAAUGUAAAUAAAAGCAUGGGUUCUUACGA